GUUUAUUUCUAAACGCAUCCCCCCACCAGAUCGAAAACAACCGAAGGUCGACGCUGUUCCUCGAUUGAGUGAUCUUGGUUAGGUUACUGGUUGCGUCGUACAUUUUGGACUUUUAAUAGUAAGUAAAAUCGUGACAAACACCCGACAUUGUUUGUUCGUCGUAUCGCGUUGUACGUCGGUUCUUUUGCGUGCGGUCACACGCAACGAUCCCGCGCCCUCGUUGCAUCGGAAUCGCGCGCGUUUCUUCAAUGGCAGAGAAAGAGGGCUUCAGUUCACGCAAAGACAGCCAAGACGGUUCCGCGCCUACAUUCCGAGGUCUGCUUCAUUAUAAGACGCGGCUAUUCGUCGCGCCAUUCGACUUCCUGUGCGGUGUUGUGGCAAAACGUCGGUUCCCGUUCGGCCGGAUCCCGCCGACGCCACGUCUCCGACGACGCGACGCACCUCCCGUUAUAACCUCCAAUACUAUAUAACCUAUAUAAUUAUAACCUACGAGUUUCGAGACGUCAACAGACAGUCGCUGAAUGCCGACGAGCGAACCUCGGCCGAUUGCGCGCUACUUCGACCAACGCGAUUAUCGUUUGUCGCACGGCCAACAAGAAAAGAGGGGGGGACGCGGCUUACCGAUAUUACAUAUUCGCCGCUGUGUGUUGUUCGCGAGUCGAAAAUCGAGUUCAAGCUCAUUAAGAAAUUCAUCCUUUGUGUACGCGUGUCAAUCGACGAAUUUGUAAGCUGCGAUUCUUCGAGGAGGCUUGCCUUUUAUGAUGUAAUCGCGACUUCGUGAAAUAUUAUCCGUACGCGCGCUGUGAAACCGAUCGUCUCGUUACCGGCAGGAGGUCUCGUAAUGUCGGACGAUUUAGCGAUAAGAACACAAUUAUAUGUAAAUGUUGAAUGAUUAACGAAUUUCUGUCGAUUAUAAAGCUCGCGAAUUACGAUUUGUGUAACAGGUUCGUGAGACUGAAAGUUUCUUAUUCAUAUUUGCAAGAUCAGUUUUUAACUUAUGUAUUAAGAAUGUGAUAUGUGUUAAAACCAGGCAGAUGCAAAAUUCAAACACCCAUUAAUCCCCAUUAUAGUGAUUUCAGUGAUCAAAUAGUUUAAAAUACCAAAGAAAAAAAAAUGGAUGUUGCCGGGGAUUUAAAUUUACAAUGGGUGGGAGAUGUAGAGCUUCACGAAGAAGUAAUAUGUGGUCUGGAGACACAGCUGGUCGCCUCGGAGGAAGAGGUGAUUGGUGCUUGCGAGGAGGUGGCAGUGGAGGAAACUGUCGAAUCUGUUCCUCAUGUGGAGGCUACGACGGAGUCUGAGAUAUUGAUGGUACCUCAGACUAAUGACAUGGAAUCUAUCUACAUAGUUCCACAAGAUCAAGGUCAUGAUUACUUGAAUAUACAAGUCACAGAGGAGGUAAUAGCUGACAACUGGGAUAGAUCUGUUCAAGAUGACGGGGUCGAGAUUCCCGACACAAAGAUGACACAGGAUAAUCUAUUGGAGUAUGAUGACAUGGAAAUACCAUUGCCAAUUGAUCAAGAUUCAUAUCAAAAUGCUCGACCGUACCCAUGCGACUUCUGCAGUCGUAGGUUUCGGAAGAAGGCAAAUCUGAUGAACCACAUGGUGGCCCAUCAAACGGAUCGACCUCACGGCUGUAACUUAUGUGGAGCGCGCUAUGUACGCAAGUGUGAUCUAAACAAUCAUCUGAAGAUCCACGCUUACGCACCAUCUUCUCGGGAUGGUCUGGAGGACGAAUUGAACGACGAAGACUCGAUGGCGGUCGAGGAGGAGGAUGUGACAGCUCCCAAAGGCAGGCGCAAGAAGGUUCAGUCAAGCGCGCCGCGUAAGCGAAAGAGUAACACCGCCGUUAGUAUUCCGAAGCGCAACAACGCCGAGGACAUCAAGAUUGAGAUGGGCAAGUAUGUGUAUAGCUCGUACAACAAUGUGUACAUACAAGACGACAACAAGCAAUGGUUGGAGGACGAUCUGACCGACGGUAAUUCUGCACGCAGCGGCAAUUACGCGUCCAGUUCAAGGUGGCAAAUGGCGGAGAUAUCGUCUGUUACUUCCGAGCAGCCUGCACCACAGUGGCCAGUCACCGAUCCCACCAAGCCGUACGUCUGUCAAUUCUGUGGUGUUGGAUUUGGUAGGGAGAAGGCACUGGCCUCGCAUUCCCGCAUUCACGGCGGUGACAGUCCAUUUGAAUGCAACUCGUGCGGGGAAAUGUUUUGGGACAUCAACACCUUGCGGGAGCAUAUGCGUGUGAAGCAUGGCGGCAUCAUUCCGCAGCCAGCGUCCGAUGCAGAGGACGACAACGACAACGACGCAACAUACAUGACAACGGACGAUCAUGAGAAAUUCGGCGAGUUCUACUGCACCAUAUGUGGAGCGCCGUUCCAUCGUCUGGAUUUGUUCAAGCGACAUCAAAAACUGCACAUCAAGCAAGAAGGAAACACGGAGGAAUCCAGUCAACAUCAUGUGUGCAAUGUUUGCGGAGAGUGGUUCGAGGAGGCAUUGGCAUUAUUGGCACACGCGGAACUUCACGCUUCAAGAUCUCCUAGUCGUCGUUGUCUACUGUGUGGCGCAAGAGGCCGUACCGAAGUAGAGAUUGCAGAACAUGUGCGCACGAACCAUUCUGACGAUGCGCCGCCGAAUAUGUGUAUGUUAUGUGGCAAAGUCUGCAAGGACAAACGCAGUUUGUUGAAACAUUCGUGGAUUCACAAUGCCGACAAGACCUUUAGUUGUACACAGUGUGGUAAACGCUUUCACAGUAAAGCCAGACUACGACGACAUAUGGCGUCGCAUCGUAACAAGAUGGUGGCCUGUGACGAAUGCGGCGAAGAAUUUCCCGACGGACGGGCUCUCGUCAGCCAUCGACAUUCGCAUAAUAAAGAAUUAGGUGGCCGUUCGUUUCCGUGCCGAGAGUGCGGAAAGACUUUUGGAAGUCGUAGCUCGCAGCAGAUCCAUAUACGAAUCCACACCGGUGAAAGACCUUACGGUUGUCGGUUUUGCUGGAAAGCAUUUGCCGAUGGUGGCACUCUCAGAAAGCACGAACGUAUCCACACUGGCGAGAAACCAUAUGUAUGUGCAAUUUGCCCCAGAGCCUUCAACCAGAGAGUGGUUUUACGAGAACACGUACGCGCUCAUCAUUCCGGUCCAGAUCCGAAGUCUGUAAAUAGCGUGACACCUUACGUGUGCAAAGUGUGCGACCAGGCUUUCAGUACACCCGAGGAAAUAGUAGCGCACAUUGUGAAGCAUUGCGAUGAUAAUACAGCGCGUAAACGCCAGCCACAGACUGGACCGCGCAAGUACAAAAGAAGACGUAAGAUGAAACCCAACGAAACGAACACGAUGGUGCGCAAGAAUGAGUUCACGUACGAGAUGAUGGAGAGCAGCGGCGGUGGCGGUAGCGCCGGUGGUGCCGGCGCCGCCACCGGAUCCGACUCGGAGGACAAUACGAAGCGGAAGCUCGGCAAGAAGAACAAGCAGCAGCAUCGGUCGAACGUUGAAGAGGGCUACCAGAAUGUGUUGAAGAGUUUCGAGAGCUCGUUGCAAAACAUAAACUCGAUCGUGAGUAACUCGAAGCUGAACACGACCAAGGCAAAGUUCUCGAAGAAGAAGCUGCGUAAGGAAGAGAAAAAGCAGGAGGCGCAAGCAUCACCACAGUCAGGCCGGCCAAAGAUGAUUCACACGCAAAAGACGCGAGUCCCCGUGGAAGUGGGCAGUGACGGGGCAAAGAAAGGUCAGAAGACGAAGACGAUGGUGACGCGGACGCCGAAGGUGAUGCCGAACGAGCACAAGGCUGGCGUGUUCCCGGGCGGCGAGCGGAAUCGGCCGCGCACGAAGAACGUCAGCUAUCACGUGGAGGGUAAGCAGCAGAUUGCGCCGGCCACGUUCCCGGUGAAGAAGGAGAACGCGCCUUCUGUGCAGGCACAGCAGAAAUUAGUGGUUAUCAAGCAAGAGCCGGGUAUACAGAAAACCGUCGGCGACAGUCACAGAAACAACAACGGCAAUAUCCUCGCUCUCGGCGAGGGCCAAGAGUCGUCGACCAAGAAGAAGCCGCCGGCCCUGAAGAAGACCAGAAGACAGAGACACGUAAUAGUGAAGCAGGAAGCGAACGUGGUGCUCGAGCCGGCUAUGGAGGAGCAGCAGCAGCAUAUGCAGUUGCGUAACAACAACAAUAAGAACAACAGCGCCGACACGGCGCGACUGAUGGAGCACGCGGUGGACGGUAGUAAUCUGGAGGUCGCCUUCGAGGCGAGUGUCGUCACCGCCCAAGAAGAGGAUCAGGACGACGACGAUGACGAGGAGGAGAGCAUACUGCCUCAUGACGUCAGUGCUGAGGAAAUCGGCAACGGGGACAAUAACGUCAAGUUGAGUGUAAAGGUGGAGUCGACGUCGCCGGCAAGGAUGCUCGCGGUACACAGUGUUAUCACGCCGGUGGACGAUGUACCGGAGACGAUAAUACCGGACGCGGUUGAGUACACGUGUGAAAUGUGCGCCGCGGUGUUUUCUAGCCGCGCUGAGCUGUUGGUGCAUGUACCAAUACACAUUUGAUUUGAUAAUUUGUCUGAGCCGGAAAACGGCGCGGGGGUUUGUUCUACUUCUGCAGCAUACUUGAUCCAAACAAAUAUGUUAAAGCAGCAACUUGUUUAAUCAACAUACCUGAUUGAUCUAUCUGAUCUACCUGAUGACGUAUAUCCAAUUUGAUUGAACAGUAUGUUGAGCAGGUAGAUUGCGAUAUAAUACGCGAUAUAAUAUUAUUUGUAGUACGCAGUAUAAUAUAUAAUUAUUUGUAUUAUGAAGAUAGAGCCAUAGUUAUGUUUUUUUUUGAACGAGAUAAUAAUCGAAUGUAAUUUUGAUGCAUACGACAUGCAAAAGAGAAUCAGUUCGGAGUUAAGCAUUGUCUCGAACACUAAACAAUCAAACGUGAAGCACCUACUAUCUCAUUAAAAUUUUGAAUUUUCGUUGGAUCUGACUUGCCAGAUUUUAUAAAAUUAACGACUUUGUUCUUGUACAUACUCUAGUUACGUUCUUAAGUUCUUUUUUGAUAUUAUAGAACAUGAUAUCAAAUAUAUAUAUAU